AUGAAACUUGGAAAUAGUGAGAGACUAUGUAGUGCUGGAAAAGAAAACUCAAGUCAUUGGAAUUUCACAUCAACUGUCAGUGAGAAUGAUAGCCGGUUUAAUGCGAAGAUAUUGCAGGGAAGCCUUGCACUGCUGCAUUUGUUAAGGCUAGUCCUUGACCUAGGGAAGUUGUCUCUGCUUAAAAUACGUAUAAAUCGGUCAAGUCUCUUGCCUUUGCUCUCGAUGGUUCGAUGGUGGUCAGGAGUUGGAGACCACGAGCACGAUUUGGCGAUGGCAAGGACAAGUCAGAGAAAAAAAGACACCGCCGAAGAGGCUGCCUUGACUUGUGACAACUCUGCUUAUAAGCUUAGAGGCGACUUUGCUCGCCUCAAUUUCUCUCAUCUGCAACACCAAGGGGCUCAUGUGCUUGGUGAAUGUGGGAAUUACAAACCUCUUGAUUCCUCUGUAGAUGCCAAGCUUCAAGCUAUUUGUGAGAGUUUGGCCACUUUUCAGAAACAGGGGAAUGCAGGGGAGCCUUGCUCCGUCGGUGACGCAAAGCCUAAGAUGGCAUCGGACGAGUCAGAAUCAAAGAGUGAUUUGGAGGAUUGUAAGGUGGAGAACAUAGCGUCGUCGUCGUCCUUGUCAGAUAAAUCCUGGGCUAUCGCGUCUUCCCCUGAAUCUGACGUCAGUUUCUUGGAUUUCUCGGAUUCCAAGGAUGACACUUUCGACUUUGGGUUGGAGAAGUUUCCUUCUGUGGAGAUUGAUUGGUCUGCUAUUUGAGAUGUCAUCAAU